AUGUCAGCCGAGCCUGUGAUCUCGACUGGUGAUGUGGAGCGAAUGCUACGUNNCGACGUCGAUGCACCCCUUCAGGAGAGGUCGCUCGACUUCAGGAUCCUCGUCGAGCCUCCUCUUCUAUCAGCCACCAUCACGGAUCUCUGCAACGAACCUCUUUUCUUUUCUGGAUAUCUCUCUGAAGAAGAACCAAUGUCGUCCGACGAUUCUAGUCUUUCAUCAAUGUCUAUCAGCACCGUUGCCGACGAGUUUGUCGACGAACUCGAAACAAACUUUCCGGAACUAUUGGCCGAGGAAUGCAGCUUUGUCGAACAAGUCCAAUGCAAUCAGGCUGAAGUUGUGACUCUUGUCUCGCCAGGCAAGGCCAAGAUGGUUCGAGUCUCUAGAGUCAACUUGAGUGCUUCGUCAUCACCAAUCCUCAAAAGACCAACAACCUCGUCAAGUCUCAAGUCCAAUGGCAACUUAUCACGUCUCAGCAUCAUAUCGAUCAGAGCACACAGCCACGAUGGAUCUGUCGCUUCACCUAAAGUGGUGUCUCCCAAGAUGCCUUCGACACCAGAACUCGAGACGGGCUCGUCCGGCUCUCAAACACCUACAUCCAGCCACAGCCCCGCCACACCAGAUUCUCCAGCCUCCGCCUACUUUGACGCUCUCACCAGCCCGACAUACGUGACUUCAUGCCCACCCAAACAUCGCAUGUCUCGUAACGGAUAUCAUCUCAAGCUACCGAGCAUGGGUAGACAACGUCCUGGAUCAUCUCAAUCCAUGACGGCAGCCCCGCUUACUGCCCCUCUCGCAGCUCCAUCUUCGUUCUUGAAACCGAAGAUGGUUCCUCGAGGCGCUAGUGAACGUAUGGCAUCUCUGGAUCUACCUCCCUACCCUCGCGAAUCAUUCCAACCUCCUCCUCCUCAGAGCCGUUGGACCAUUCGCAAGGACUCCGUCAGUUCCGUCUCUUCCAAGGAAAUGCCUAGAUUCCGGCUCAGACGAGCCGAGAGCGGCGUCCUGCCAUCCUGGCGAUGA